GUGACUAUGGAGAUCAGCGGCCUCCCACUGGAACUCUGGCGCCUGAUACUCUCCUAUUUGCGCCUUCCUGACCUUGGUCGCUGCAGCUUGGUGUGCAGGGCUUGGUAUGAACUCAUCCUGAGCCUGGACAACACCCGGUGGCGGCAGCUGUGCCUUGGUUGCAUCGAAUGCCGUCACCCAAACUGGCCCAACCAGCCAGAAGUUGAACCCUGGUCGUGGAGAGAAGCCUUCAAGCAACAUUAUCUAGCCUCAAAAACCUGGACCAAAAACAGCCAGGAUUUUGAAUCAUCCAAUUGCUUCUACUUGUUCAGGAGGAAAAAGGAUCGCCGUGUCCUCUGUGUGGGGCCUGGUUGUGAGUUUGACAACCUGCGGAGUGCCUUGCUCUCAGCAAGUGUUUAUGACAGAAUUGUGCUCUUGCCAGGAGUGUAUGAGGAACAGAGUGAGAUUUUCCUCAAGGCCCCCGUGGAAAUUAUGGGGAAGGGCAAGCUUGGUGAUGUGGCCCUCCUGGUGAGCUUUGACCAGCAUUGCCCAACCAUGAGGUUGUGCAAUUUGGUCUUCAUGCCAGCCUGGUUCACACCUGUUGUCUAUAAA